UUGCGUUCUGCAGUUUAUGCAGCUAAUGCAUUUGGAAUUGGCAUUUUGCGCAACAAAGAACAACAUAGAUAUUUAUCAGGUCUGCAGCGAUGUGGAAAGAGUUGCCGGCUCCGGUGGACAAACUACCUCCGCCCUGAUCUCAAGCAUGGAGAGUUCUCCGAGUGUGAAGAGCAAACCAUAGUCAAACUGCACUCUGUUGUUGGAAACAGGUGGUCCUUGAUAGCCGCGCAGUUGCCAGGGCGCACGGACAACGACGUGAAGAACCACUGGAACACCAAGCUGAAGAAGAAGCUCUCCGGGAUGGGUAUCGAUCCUGUGACCCACAAGCCCUUCUCCCACCUCAUGGCCGAGAUCGCCACGACCCUCGCCCCACCCCAAGUGGCCCACCUUGCGGAGGCCGCCCUCGGCUGCUUCAAGGACGAGAUGCUCCACCUCCUCACCAAGAAGCGCACCGACUUCUCCGGCGGACCCCCUCCGCCGCCGAUGCCGCAGCUAGCCGCCGGCGGUCCGACCAUCACGGCCUUUCCCCCAACGAAUCCGGACGAGGUCAAGGAUGAGACCAUCCGGAGGAUCAAGCUGGGGCUCUCCCGGGCGGUCAUGCAUGAGCCCAAUAGCUCCGACAAGGCGUGGAGUGCGAUGGUGGGGCCCGCUGGGGAGCCGUCCAGUGGGCUUGCUGGGAUGUGCGGAGCAUUCCCGGAACUGGGCGAAGAGGGUUUCGGAUACGAUGAGACCUCGUACGGGAACGACGGGGAGGCGUCCGCGUGGAGCCAGAGCAUUUGCACGGGCAGCACGUGCACGGGGGGAGCGGCGGAACAGAAGCCCGGCAUAUUGCGGGAGAAAGGGGAGGAUGACGAUGGGGAAGAGGCCGAGGGCAGGAAAGAUGACAGAAAAAGGGACGGUGGUAUAUUUGGUGCUGACUGCGUUCUCUGGGACUUACCUGAGGAUCUGAUGAAUCCUCUGGCUUGA